AUGGCUCGCCGUCCCGCUCGUUGCUACCGCUACUGCAAGAACAAGCCGUAUCCCAAGUCGCGCUUCAACCGUGGUGUCCCCGACCCCAAGAUUCGCAUCUUCGACCUUGGCCGCAAGCGUGCCGCCGUCGACGACUUCCCUCUGUGCAUCCACCUCGUCUCCAACGAGUAUGAGCAGCUGAGCUCCGAGGCCCUCGAGGCCGCCCGUAUCUGCGCCAACAAGUACCUCGUCAAGAACAGCGGCAAGGAAGGUUUCCACCUGCGUGUCCGCGCCCACCCCUUCCACGUCGUCCGUAUCAACAAGAUGUUGUCUUGCGCCGGUGCCGAUAGACUGCAGACCGGUAUGCGUGGUGCCUGGGGCAAGCCCAACGGCUCCGUCGCCCGUGUCAACAUUGGUCAGAUCAUCAUGAGCGUCCGCACUCGUGACUCUAACCGCGCCCUUGCCCUCGAGGCUCUCCGCCGUUCUCAGUACAAGUUCCCCGGUCGCCAGAAGAUCAUCGUCUCCAAGAACUGGGGCUUCACUCCCCUGCGCCGUGAGGAGUACCUCGAGCGCAAGGCUUCCGGCCGCGUCAAGGACGACGGUGCUUACGUCCAGUUCCUCAGCAACCACGGCUCUCUGGCCGAUAACAUGCGUCGCUUCCCCGAUGCCUUCACGGCUUAG